CUGCGAUUUGAUCUUUUGUCAGCAGUCUUAUAUUAGUGGUUUGCAGAUAAAAACGCCAGAAUUUGCUCAUUCCAAGACAAAAAAUAGAAAAGUUGUACAAACGGUAAAUCUGUGAGAGUGCAGCUUUAAAUGAAUACUAAGUCACGAACAAUUUGGACCUACCUUUUUUCCUGUUAAUCACGAUAAUUCCAGCAGUUUUAACUCCUCGUACUAUUAUGUAACAUAAUCAAAUGUCGGCAUUGCCUUCACAUACUGAUUCCACAAUUUGAUAACUUCAAUCCAUUAAAAUGAUUAAAAUCAUCGGCCAUGCUUUCAAAGGCGUAACUUUAGUAUAAAUCAAUUAACUGAAUUGAUAUUUGCCGAUGUAUGCAGUCCCGAGUAUCUUUAUGUUUUGAUUUGGGAAUUAAAUUAAAGAACAUUAUUGCGCUUUAUGCCGAGUUCAAGGCAGUACAAUUUGAUUGUUGGAUGUUUUGUUAAAAUGUUGAACGGACGUUAUAAUGAAUCAUGAAGCUUCUAUCAUUUUUGAAUAAAAAAUGUUUUGUUUUUUUUUGAAACCAAAUUUUCAAAUUAAAAGACAAUUGUAAGUGCAGUUUGAAGAUUUUUUUAUUUUUUUUUUCAAAACGGGGCCUCUCAAGUUAGAUUUCAGAACGAGUCCAUAAAUAAAUCUAUUCAAAAAGAUUUUGUCGUUUUUCACUUAAAGGGAUAUCACUGUCAACACAUUACAGUCUAUUUACAUUACAUAAACACGUAAAAGAAUUAACAAAAAUCUUUUCUCUAAAGCAUAGGAAUUUGUUAUAAUUAUGUUCUCAAUUCUACUGAACUCAAUAUUCUUUUAUCAUAUCACAGUUUACAUUUAAGUAAAUCAUGUGAAAACUCAAUAUUCUUACAUUUGAACACACUAUUGAGAGGUGAAUUAAUGGCGGGUUUACAUUAUCAUUAUAGAAAAUAAAUAUAAUAAUGUAGGUGAUUGUUGCUAGUUCAAAUAUAUACGUAAAAAAACAACAACAGGCAAUCAUUAGUCAAAUUCACUGAUUUUUAAGAUACACUAUAAUCGAUACAGUAGUGAUAAAAAACUGUUACACAUGCAUUCAUUUUAGACGAACAAAAAUCACCCUUGUUAUGACCUAUAAACGCAACAGCCACGCAAAAAGCAUUUGCAAUUAAUUAAUGGCGUGAUUAAUUGAAAUAAAGACUGUCAAGAAGGACUGUGCACGGACAAUAAAGUGACAACCAGUGAUCGGUUUAAUUGGACAUGUACGAUACAUGGACGUACUUAGUCACAUUGGUCAGUGUUUUAUAACUCGAGACGAAACAAAUAUUAAUUAAUGUGGAGUGCUUGAUAAAGGUAGUGCGUAAAAAAGGGAAAAAGUGUUAGAUAUUUGAUUCAAUAAACAUGUUUAUGAAUUAGAGGAAAGAAUCGGAGUCAUAUCAAAAUAGUUAAUUUUUGGAUAUAUGUUUAAUUAACGUUUACUUGUUUUAUUUAUAAAAAAAACUAUAUUUCCUACUAUGUAUGUCUUGAUCUUGUCAACAUUAAUGGGAUUGGCGUGCACGUGCUAUGGGUUCAGUCACGGGGCCCCGGAUUUCUCGUGCAAAGACCCUUCAACGUUUCACACGCGGAAAAUAAACGUAACCCACGAGGGGAUCAUAAUGCCCCAACCGGCAACGUCAAGCCCAUACCGCAUUCGGACGGAUAGAGCGUCGUUCCAGCCAGGGGAUAGGGUAACAGUCACGCUCUAUUCGAGCACACCGGAGCGGCCUCUGAGAGGAUUUUACAUCCAAGCGAUACAAGCGGACAUCCACAUCCGCGAUUUGAGAAGGGAAGCUUUUGGAAGAUUUGAGAACCUGACGAUGAACGAGCGUCCGUCAAUUUGCCAACAGACGUAUAGAUCAACAACAGGGGGCGCAACGCACUCCAACACUCGGGGAAGAGCCAGUGUUUCCGUAGUCUGGGUUGCCCCGGAGACAUACAACCCUGGAAAUGUGCAGUUCUUGGCCACUGGGGUGUUUAACUACGACACCUACUGGACCAACAUCCGUUCGGAUCACCUAGUUCCCACUGGCUACCAGACUGCCGCUGACACCACCAUCCAUCCGACAGCAACUGCGGCUUGGUACCGUUGGCUAAUGUAUCUACACCAACAACAGCAGCAGUCACGCAAGAAAGAAACCCCCAGAAAACUCGGAGGAACAGUCCUUGAAAUCAAAUUGGACGGAACAAAGACUCCAAAAAUAACAAAAUCAACCAAUCACAGCCAUACUACCAAAUCAACAACCAAUAAGAAGGCCGUAAAUCACAAACAUGAAUUGACCACUGAGAAAACGAAAUCAAACACUGGAAAUGAAACUAGCACCGUUGAUGUGCUGGCCGGUUUAACAUUAGAUGGUUUGGACGGGAAUAGAGACCAUGAACUGACAAUACACGAUCAUGGACAUCCAGACCACGAUCAUAGUAUCCAUCACGCGCCUGUUCAGGCAUAGAAACGUUUCUUGGUUCCUUGGAAAUGGUACGGCGAACACUAUUCAAUGAUAAACAGUUAUUUUAACGUCUGGUGAACAUUAACUUGUUCAGUGACAUACAGCGCAAUCUGUGACAUACCUUUCUUAUUAGAUGUUGUGAAUGACUUUAUACUAUGUUUGAUGUAAGAUAUGAACCAUGAAAUAUGCUAAAUUGAAACUAUAACUUUUUUCGAGCGGGGCGUAUCUUAUAUGAAAUUAUACUAUUUCAAUGCAAAUGUUGACGAUUAUAGUUGAUUUUUUCUAUUUCCCAUUAAAUUUUG